GAUGACAUAUAAUUGGCUGUGAACCAUAGUUAUGUAUUAGUUAUAUCAGUGGUACACGGCGCAGGUUAACGGUACUAACAAUCAAUCAUAAGAAUUGAACGCAGAAAGAUUGUUUAUACUCGUCUGAAGAGAGAGCCGCCGAUAUUGGAUCAGCUCAGCAAGAUCAGAAACAAAGAGAGAUCGUAUCCAAAACAACAUUUUAGUGCGUUUCGSAUCUUUCAAAAUCUCUGUGAAGCUGAAUUAUUUUCCUCAACAAUUCUAAAUAAGAUUAUAUAAUCUCAUCGUCUYGGCCUCUUCAAAUCAUGGAAAAAACCUAAAGAAGUCUGUAUGGYUUUACUACUCUCCAAAAAAUUCAAACAAGUAUCGUAAAGGCUGAUAYUUGGGCUAAAGUCCAACUGAGAUUAGUAAACACAUUUACUAAUGGGUACGUCAUAUCUUCCUGUAGCAAAUUCUUCACUUCAAACUUCUUUUUCUUCACGAAAAAUAAGUACAGUGGUAAUAGAAACAUGCGUCGACACUAUCAUCUCUGUCCUUGCACUGWUUGGAAAUAUACUUGUAUUAGUAAUCAUAUAUAGAAAACCAUCACUACGAACCAUUCCCAACUACUUUGUCCUUGCGCUCGCAGUUUCUGACAUUACAAUGGCUGUUUGUGUAAAACCAUUGACUAUUACUACRCUUAUCAAAGGCUCUUGGAUCUUUAMCUACRAGCUUUGUCAAUUCCAAGGCUUCCUUACAGUUUUCUUGGCAAGUUUUUCGCUAAAUACUUUAACUCUGAUGGCUAUAAACAGAUACUGCAGAAUAAUUCGCCCAAUGACACAUCGCAAGUUCUUCAAUCCAAGAAAAACUAAAAUKUAUCUGGUUUUGGCGGUUUUUGUGGGAGCUUUAGCAGGGAUUCCUUAUUCAUUAACGGGCAACUCGUACGAGUUCCAUGCAGGGAAGUAUUUCUGCUAUCAAAGGGUAGUAUUAUGGUCUGUGAUGUAUUUAAUGGUGAUAUUCCUAGGUGUACCAACAGUUGUUAUUGUCAUAUGCUACUUGAAGGUUUUCUUAACGAUUCGGCAGCACAAGAAAAGCGUAAAAAAGACGAUACAACGAACCAGUCAGCGAAUUACAGUUGAAGAAAUUAAGAUCACUAAUACAUUAUUUGCAACAGUCGUUGCGUUUCUGCUUUGCUGGAUGCCAGUUUUAAUCAUAGAGAUGAUUACCUUGGCGCAAAACGGUUCACGUCUUCCACGUGAAGUGUACGUAAUGUUUACUGUUUGCGCAAGUGCUUCAUCCGCAGUCAAUCCCAUUAUUUACGGUAUUAUGAAUAGAAAGUUCCGUAAGGAAUACGUAAACUUACUGAGAUUGUGUGGAAUUAAAGUCUGUCCUGAAACUACCGAGCUAAAAUCUGUAAGGGUYAAUACAAUAUUUACAAAGGAAGCACCAUAGAGAAUGGAACUUAAAGAUAUAAACACUUUCAAUAACAGAAACAAGGCACCUAAACCCGUGAAACAGAUAUUAGAGAAGCGCACUUAAAUCGCCGCAUAUCCCAUCAUAUACCCGAGUAAAACUCGUUUCACRCGCGUUAAUGUGGAGUAUUUGAGACAGUUUACGCCUUCCAGGAACUUCAAGGCGAUCAAGCAUGUUAAGAGGGCAGUGUUUCUGCAAAGUUAAGAGGCCAUUGGUAAUCUACGUUUAUUAAUCGAAAACGCUUUCGCAUUAAGCAGAUAGAUAAUAUUGGGAAUAUUCCGAAAUAUAUUUAUGUCAAAACGUUUGGUUCUUAGUGGGAGAUCAUUUAAGUAAAACCAUAUGAAAAAAAAGGAAUUUUGGAAUUAAAARCAGUACAAAUAUACGAAAAAGAGAAACCAAGAGUACGCGGAGAAAUAACGACUUAUAUUGAAUGCGUUCACCGUCAAGAAGUGAUUAAAAUGAUGCCAUCCUGUAAUCAUGAAGAAUUUUCAUUGAAUUCAUACAAAUUCACACACGGCGAAUAUGUUAUUGAUAUCUCAGACACAACAUCGCCUCAUUGUUAUUAUAAUUAAAAGAAAUCGAUUUAAUAACGCGCGUUUGUAUGAGCUCAGAUUAUCCAAGGCAACCAACAGAGAACCCUGGACAAUUGAUAUCAAGAUCAAACUUAAAUAAUGAAUAAUUUAUAACUACAUGCAAUAACAUUCAAUAUUUACGAUAUUUUCUGAACUGUGCUGUUAUAAACUUUGAAAUUAGAGAUAAAAUAAUUUAACAAAAAGAAAUGGAAAAUCAUUAAAGAAUAGUUAGUUUAUGAA